UUCUGGGAAGGAGGACAUAGUCUUGUCAAUGGGUAGGAAGAAAGAGGGAUCUCCAAAGCUUUGGCUCCACAGUUCACAAACAUGAACCCCAAGUGUUGCUCACUUUUGACUGAGGGUCUCUGGGUAAGGAGUGUGGACCUGAUUCUGACCCUAUGUUCUCUGGAAGCAUGUAGGGAUGUGAACUUUGUGCUGGAAAUCCAUAGAAGAGGAACAGGGUGUACAGGCUGGUGUUCCACUGUAUUUAGAUAAGAAAGUGUCAAGGAGAGAAAAUCAGGAGAGGAUACCUUGCUGGGAGGAAAAAAUGCUUCAAAAGAGUAAGGAUUCUGUUAUGCUUAAGAUAUCCAAGCACAAAUUUAUCAAAGGGUGUAAAGAAUCCAGAACCCUCAUCCAGAGAGCUAAGACUGGAGGUAUCUCCCUUGACCCUGACUGAUGUGGCUCUAUAUGUAGAACAAUAAUUAAUUGGCUUUUGAAUCCCCAUGGUAGUUUGUUGUCAGUCUUUUCUAGAAAAUUUGGACCAGAAAGGUGUCAUAUUCACUAUACCUGAUUUUCCCUGAUCAACACAAAGUCUGCUUCCCCGGAAGAUAUAGAUAAUGCAAAUAAGGAAACUGAGUCAUUCAUUUUUUCCUUCCAUUUAAUUGAAACCUCAUAAACAUUUGGCCCUAUUUAAGUAGGUAUGCCAUCAGUCUAUCUCUUGGGAUCGUCCCAUACAGCCAGAUGGACCUGUUUUCUCAGGCUUUGCUUCUUCCAAUAGAUAGAGUAACAUAUGCCAGUAAAGAGUGAGGUCAAGUUCCCAGCCUAGAUGACCAGGAAAUUUCUGAGCAUGGAUUAUCAUGAUCAGCUGUUACAGUCAGUUUUGAUAUAAUGGGCAAUACUCAAAGAAUUAGAAGCAAUGGGUGUCUGUCAAUUGGCGAAUAGUUGAACAAAAAGUGAUAUAGGAAAUUCGAUGGAAUAUUAUUGUGGUGCAAGAAAGAACAAAGAACAGAUUCAGAGAAUCCUGGGAAGAUUUGUAUGAAUUGAUGCAGCAAGGGGACUCCUGCAGGAGAGGAGAAUGCCUCAGUUCCAAGAGCAGGCAGAGAGCAGAUGGUCUUGGGUGGUGUUGCUGGCCACCUUGGUGACGCAGGGCCUGACGCUGGGCUUCCCUACUUGUAUUGGUAUCUUCUUCGCUGACCUCCAGCAUGAUUUCCAAGCCAGCAACAGCGAGACAUCCUGGUUCCCCUCCAUCAUGAUCUCAGUGCUCCAUGCUGGAGGGCCCAUUUGCAGUAUACUGGUGGAGUACUUUGGCUGCCGUGUGACAGUGAUGCUAGGGGGAGUCCUGGCCAGCUUAGGCAUGGUGGCCAGCUCCUUCUCCUACUCCCUUAGCCAGCUCUACAUCACAGCCGGAUUCAUCACAGGCCUGGGCAUGUCUUUCAGCUUUCAGGGAGGCAUCACAGCAUUGGGACACUACUUCUCCUACCACCGGACACAGGCCAAUGCACUGGCCUCGGCUGGUGUCUCCAUUGGCACCACACUCUGGCCCCUGCUUUCACGAUACCUCCUGGAGGUCUUUGGAUGGAGAGGCACCUUCUUGAUAUUUGGUGGGGUCUUCCUUCAUUGCUGCAUCUGUGGGGCCGUCAUGAGGCCUGUGUCUCUUAAGACUGAGUCAAUCUAUCCUCCACCCAACAAAGUCCCUGCACAGGGUUGCCUAUUGACUUGUGCUCAGGCUUUACGACGACGUCUGGCCUUUGAUGUCUUCCUCCAGAACCAGGGCUACCGCUUCUACACCCUGGGAAUAGUAUGGAUGCUGAUGGGCUUCACAGUGCCCCACAUCUUCCUGGUGCCAUUUGCUCUGAGCCACAAUGUGGAAGAAGACAAGGCUGCUUGGCUCAUCUCCAUUAUUGGCUUCAGCAACAUAUUCCUGAGGCCCAUGACUGGGGUGGUAGCUGGCUGGUCAAUAUUUGCUGGUCACCGUGUGUACUUUUUCAUCCUGGCCAUCUUACUCAAUGGACUGAGCAACCUCAUUUGUGUCAUCUCAGCUGACUUCUCUGUGCUGGUUUUCUAUUGCUUGGUGUAUAGCAUCUCCAUGAGUGGCAUUGGGGCUCUGAUGUUCCAGGUGCUCAUGGAUAUAGUGCCCAUGGACAGAUUCUCCAGUGCCCUGGGCCUCUUCACCAUCCUUGAGAGUAUCCCAGUCCUUAUAUCUCCUCCACUGGCUGGUCUACUUUUGGACACUACUGGCAAAUACAGCUACCUUUUCUACAUGUCCAGUUUCUUCCUCAUCUCAGCUGCAUUGUUUUUGGGUCUCAGUUUCUUCACCCUGAAGAAGAAGGAGAAGAUGAUGGACAGAGCCAAGGAGAUAAUUGCUCUGGAAAAUGACCUCAGCCUGAGAAGCAUAGAGGACCUCCCUGUGCCUCAGCCACCCCAAGCUGUCACAUAUGUGACAUAUGUGACAAGUGUCUGAGCCAAGGAGAUCUAGGGUCCAUUGGCCACAAGUUCUCCCUGACACUAGGGCCUCCUGUGUGCUACUUCACUUGCUUUACUCUUAUGUCUCUCUGGUCUCUCUCCACUCAAGGUCCAGUGAAGCACUAGCCUCUUGUGAACUCUUAACCUAUCAUCAGAAUGGUCCACAAACCCCUGACCCUAUGCGCCUUGAAGGGAUCAGAAAGAGGAACUUGCUGUGUCUUUUCCCAGUCCCCUGCCUCUCUCAUCCCUGGGGAAGGAGCAGCAAGGUCCAUCUGAGAGAGGACUAGCAGAGGCUAAGGGCAGCCCUGGGCAGAGGGAACCAGACUUGUUCUAGCAGCAGAGACCAAGAAAAACAGUAUGUUUGAAUUACACACAAGGACAUUGUUUCCUGGAGCAGCUGGCUAUAAAACUCUUUGAACUAAUGAAGUGAAUUAAUGAAGCACAGAAAAUAGGUGUGGGGUAAGUUUUAUUCCCCUUACCCCUCCCCUUUUUUUUUCCUUUUUCUCCACUUGGCAGAAGCAGCCUGGGAGGAAUUUUGUUGUUGAUUUGACUGGAUUAAGUUUCCAGAAAGAAGCUUUCUCAGGGACCUUUAAGAAUUAAUUUUCUUUGCAUGACCUGAACUUAUGGUCUGUCCUGCUGUAUGCAGGCAUGGAUGGAGUGCCAUGGCCCUGAUUCUGCCCAGCAGGGGCGAGUUAAUGCCCUCAUUGACACCCCCUCUCUCAUCAUCAUAUCAGCACCCACUUUUAACUGUGGAGUGAAUACAGGACCUGCUCUGGACCUCCCUGCUUCCCUGUGCUAAAAUCUCACCUAUCCCCUGUGCUACAAGGCAAGGAUGCCUCAGGCCCUUGUGUUGAACUAUUUAACCUUGUUAGGGCAUAGGGGAAUUCACAUUCACAGGAUAUUUGUCAAGUGCCCACUGUGUGCCUGGUGUUGUCCUAGCCAUCAUGGGGAGUGUAAAAGAAAGAACAAGGAAAUCUCCAGGAGCUUGUGGUCUAACAACAGAGCAGGCUAGGAGUCUGGUGCUCACCAGCAAGCACAUACAUUUGCUGCUAAAUAUGAGGCCUUAAGGUUUUGUUUUGUUUUUUUGUGGCCCCUUCCCCUGUAAGGGUAGGGGGCAGUUAGGUGGCUCAUUGGAUAAAGUGCUGGGACUGAAAUCAGGAAGGCCUGAGUUCACAUCUGGCCUCAGCUACUUACUUAGUCAUUUAAUCUGUGCUUGCCUUAAUCCACUGAAGAAGGAAAUGCUAAAGCACUUCAGAAUCUUUGCCAAGAAAACCCCAGUCAGUAUGGUCCACAGGGUCAUGAAAAGUCAGACAUGACUGAAAGGUGGGCAGCCCAAAAGCCUCAUGAAAAAACAAAUCCCUAAAAUCAUAGUUUACUUGCACAAAGGUCUCUUUCUGUGACCCCCAAACCCUAGGUCAUUGAUCUCACCCUUCCCCAAUUCUACUCCACACACUACCCACUCCCUUCCCCAUAAGGGGUGAUGAUUCCAGAGCAAAAUAAGGACCAAGGACAGAGAAUCACCUUGCAAGGGGUGGAGGUGGGGUGCUCUGGAAGGUGGGAGAAGGUGAUUAAGGAGGGAGGGAGGUGGUUUAGUUUUGGACCCACUCCCUCAAAAGACCCAAGAAAUACCCUGAUUCUCCUUCUGGGGAGUUCAUAGCAGGGGUCCAGGACCACUCCAGCAGAAAACACAUUUAAUCUGGAUCUUCUCUAUCUUUCCUCCCCCCACAAAGACUUGGAGGACCUAGAACAGAAUGGUGGGAGACUCUUGUUCUUCAGUGUGCUCUUUGCUCUGUAAGAUAACAGAAGGGAUGGCAGGUACCCACCCAUCCACUCACUUCACAUUCUGGGUGAUUAGAUCAAGCUGGUACGUUAACUCCCCCAAGAGGCCAACCCCAGUAGCUGCAACCCCAGCAAGAGAAGCAUGUCAGCUGGCAGGAUAGUAAGGACACCCUCUUAAUUUGGGGAAGUGAGGACAAAGGCAAAGGUUUUGCACCAUGUGUGAGUUGUAGAACAGAUUUUGGAACUCUCAUUGAUCAGGAUGUAAGACUUGGUUAGAAUUCUCUUCCUAAACUUACUUAUACCAAGAGGGUGAGUCAGUCAACCUUGUCUGUAAAAUGGGAUAAUCUAGAAUCUGUCCUUCCCUACCCCUAAUAAUAGUAGCAGAAAGCUGAAUAAGAUAAAAGAUCAUCAUACAGUGGGGAAAGGCCUGGACAGGAAAUCAAUCCCUGGGUUCUUUCUGGUUCUGUUACUGUGUGACCUUAGGCAAGUAAUGUCCCCUCUCUUGACUUCCGUUGCUAUUCCCUCUACAAUGAAAAAAUUGGAGUUGGUCAUUUUCCUAGUUCUAAAGUUCAUUGGAAAAAAGAAAAUUCUAUAUUCUCAUGGAUUUGUACCUAGCUUCCACAUUCCUACUAAGCAUUUGUCUUCUCUGUCUAGAUGUGUACAUGUGGAGAAAGUUAUAAACCAUUUAACUUUGGUUACUUCUGCCCUACUGUAGGGUCCGUGGUGGGUGGGCUCAAAAAGUACCCAAAUAGGAGACAGCCUAUGAAGAAUGUUCUGUGAAGAACAUGCUGACUAAUAGGCAGUAAGGUACAUAGCAGGCAAGCAAUGAUGGAGGCACUUGUCAUUACCAGCCCUCUCCACUCAACCUCCCUUGCUUAUAUGAUGCUAUAUAGAGUCUGCUGAAGCAAGUAGGAUUAUCCUGAAAGAUUAUCCUUCAAAGCAUACUUUCUUCUUUUACUGGACUAUAAAUUCCUCAACAUCAGAGACUAUUUCGUUCAUUCCAUAUUUACUAGCAAAUGAAAACUUGGUUGUUUACAAAACACUUUCUUCACAACAACCUGGAGAGGUAAAUGGUGCAAAGAUAACUCUCCCCCUGAACUCUAAAAAAAGGAAAAGUGAUUCCUUGAGAUUUUGAACCUAGGCCUUCUGUCUCAAGUCCAGUAUUUGCUGAUACUAUUCUUUCACAUACAGCCCUGCUCAUAGGAGGAACAUUUGUUGAAUGAGUCAAUCAUCAAAACAUUCAUUAAACACCUACUCUGUGCCAAGCCCUAGGCUAAGGGUUAGGGAUACAAAGACAAAGUAUGAAAGUCUCUACUUUCAAGGAGCUUACAUUCCCUAUCUGGGGACACAUGUAUGUAUAUAAGUUGAUAAAAAGUAUUUUUUUAGAACAGAUCUGUGAUUUCAUUUUUAUAGAGAAUUCCUGAUGAGAAAACUUCCUCUGCACAUGCAAAGCAAGACUUAUUCUGCAAUUCAGGGUGUUAGUGAGCUAUCUGGGGAUACUAAGAGGUUGUGACUUGCUGAGGGUCAGAUAGUAUGUAUGUAGAAGAGAUGGGACCUGAACCCAGGGUUCUUAAGGUUCUGAUUCCUAAGACCAGCUCGCCAAAUUCUUCUGAUCACAUACUACAUGUAAAAAAUUUGAACACAUACUUCUAAUAUAUAUAUACACAUAUAUAUUUACUUAUUUAUAAUUAUAUACAUGUACUACUGAACUAAUUGUGUGCAUUUUAUGACAUACACAAAAAAGACAUUUUAAAACGAGUAAAUAAAAUAUUUUUAAUAUUUCA